UCGACUUUUCUCUCUGCAAUGGCGCCUCUCUUUGAUGAGGCGCUGUCAGGACAGUUGUUAGCUUCAAAGCUUGUUUUGAUCUCAGUCCUUGAAGGCAUCUGGCUGCUGUUGCAGACGAAUGAGCCAGAGAUUUUGACAGCAUGGCCAUGACUGCUGAUGGCUGCAUUCAAUUCACACGCCAUGCGGGCGACGUCCUGCUCAACUUCAACCGCCUCCGCAGUCGGAACAUCCUGACUGAUGUCGCCAUACAGGUGGACGGACAGCAUUUUCAUGCUCACAAGGCCAUCUUGGUAGCCUGCAGUGGCUUCUUUUACUCUGUCUUCAUGGACCCCAAGAAUGCAAACCUAAGUGCCAUAGGCUUGGACCCCAAAGUGGACGCCAAGGGUUUCUCAAUCCUGCUGGACUUCAUGUACACGUCCUGUCUGGACCUGAAGGACAGUCUUGUCCAGGCCACCAUGAACACAGCCAUCUACCUCCAGAUGGAGCACGUGGCCGACACCUGCCUCAGGUUCAUCCAGUCCAGCCAUCACAUUGAAGAGGCCCAGAUCUGCUUGUCACAUCUGUCUGAUGAUGUCCCUACUUUCAGGACCUUUGACGACAAUGAGACAAACUUCAGAAACAUCGUCCCGUCCCCUCUCCAGGAAUGCAAGGGCUACACCCCCAAUGUUUUCAGGGGGAUCAACACAUCCGGUUCUUAUCAUGUCUACGGCGACUCCCAGGUUCCUUCUGCAAAGCUGGAAGGCCCCUAUAAGAUCAGCGACCUUCCCAGAGAAGGGGCUUUGUCCCAGCAAAGAUGCUCGCAGGUACCCAGCGUGACUCACAGCGAGUCCACCACCAUGCUCUCCCACCCCAGUUUCCCCACCAAUAUUGCCAAGAGGUCCAUAUCCCCCAUGGAGGACGACGGCUGCCCAAGAUUGUCCCCAGGUUUUAGCAAAGGUGUGAUCUGCAGCCCGCAAAGCCCCCUCCGAUCCGACUGCCAGCCAAACUCACCGACCGAGUCCAACAGCAGCAGGAACGCAGCGCUGGGCCUCAGACAGUUAUCAGAAUGCUCCAAAGACACCAAGGCCCGCAACUGGAAGAAGUACAAGCUGAUCGUUAUGAACCAAACUCCUGACGAGAAUAAUAAGGAGAGUCGGGAAGGCGGCACUGAAUCUACACCCAUGUCCCCGAUGCUGAGCCCCUGCAGGAGUGCUGCAACAUGUGAGGCGCAGGGUGAAGAAGCAGCCGACGAGCACAGAGAAGAAAUCCACACGGGGCAGAGCAUGGAGAGUUGCAGCAGCAGCACCUGUAGCAGCAUCAGCUACCGCAGAUGCUCCUCCUGUGGUUGUGACAGCCCGCAGUGCAUGGACAUCGGUCACCUUUCUCCGGACUCUUACAGCAGAGAGGACACCACCAAGCUACACUCGGAGUAUUCCUCCUCCGGCAGCGAAAGCAACAUCUACUUCUGCAACGGGUGUGACUCCAAGUUCCCGGAGGAGGACUCCCUAAAAGAACACAUGGCCCAGGUACACAGUGACAAGCCAUACAAGUGUGACUGCUGCCAGGCCGCCUUCCGCUACAAGGGGAACUUAGCCAGCCACAAGACCGUUCACACCGGUGCAAAGCCUUACCACUGCAACAUCUGCGGCGCUCAGUUCAACCGGCCAGCAAAUCUAAAGACACACACCCGCAUCCACUCUGGAGAAAAGCCAUACAAGUGCGAGACAUGCGGCUCCAGAUUCGUCCAGGUGGCCCAUCUCCGCGCCCACGUCUUAAUCCACACCGGAGAGAAGCCUUACCCCUGUGAGAUCUGUGGAACUCACUUCCGCCACCUGCAAACGCUCAAGAGCCACAUGCGCAUUCACACCGGAGAGAAGCCUUAUCAUUGUGAAAAAUGCGACCUUCACUUCAGACACAAGAGUCAGCUGAGGCUUCACCUGCGACAGAAGCACGGCGCCGUCACCAACACCAAGGCUCAGUACCGCAGGAACCCCAGCAACAUCAUCACGGGCCAUGUCGACUCCUGCUGAGCGCCCCCGUACCCCCCCCGUCAUUUCUAUUUCCCUUUUCCUUUUGCAUCGGCUGCGGUGCUGUAAUAAGGUAUUUUUUCAAACAGAAACAUAAAUGUUAAAAAUGUAUAUGUUUGCCCUUUAUGCAUUUGUAAAUGAUGCACAUUUCCCUUUGGUAUUUCAAAGAUUGUAGAAGUUUAUGCUUUCCAUGUGAAUGUCUUAACAGAAUGUACGUUUUGAAUGUGAAUUUUAAGCAGCAUUGAAGGACAGCCCUGUCGUUGGGACUGAGAUAUCACUGUUACAGUUUUGCUUCAGAUAACGGUAUGAAUUUGCCCAGUAGUCACCCUUUCGCAGUUUUUCGUUUUUGUAAAUAAGAUAAUAUAUAUUUUCAGAUUGCCGUCUGCUGGCAGAGUACAAAUAUAUUUACGUUACAUUUGUUGCUUACACAACAGCUCUUUAUUUUUACCGUUUGGUAGUUUGUGGUACGUAUUUUAUUUUCAUAAUGUUAAAAAGAAAAUGCUAUGUAUAUAUUUUGCAAUUAUUUCUAGCCUGUUGGCAUUUUGCACAUGCUCAUAACAUAAUGCUGUAAUUCAUAUAUUUUCAUACUUUUCUUUCAAAUAUUUCUACUUAAGCUCGUGAUUGUUUGUUAGACUCUGCACUUGCUAUUUAUACUUUUUCCUCAGUUUGUUCAAUUACAUUUUGGUGCUGCAAUGAUUUAGCCGGAUCAUUAAAGUUUGAUGUGUUUUAACCUACCGUGUGUAUUACAGUGCACUCUAACAAAGCAGUGUAUUAAAAGUGCCUUACAUUCACGCUUCUCUACUCACUACCGUCACAGUUUAACUACCAAUGUGUUAUAACGUUGACCAUAUGAAAGCCCUGGUAAUUAUGAACUGCUGUCACCUUUGGUACAUUGACCUGUAGUCAUGUGUACGCAUGGCUGGUACUCGAUGUUUUGAAAGCUGAUUAUUUGUUGAGUGUAGCUCUUAUAAUGCAGAAGCACCAGGCCUCAAGCUAAAAAAAAACCGCUCAGGAAUACUAGUAAUAUGUAAGCAAAUGUCUUUUGUAUCUGCAGAUGAUAUAUAUGAAAUGUAUAUGAUACAUGAAAAUAAAAAUGUAUUAUGUA